UGUGCCUUUGUGUGUUUUGUGUUUGGGACAAGUGGGUUACCAUCCUUCUGGCUGGGAUUGCCGCUUCUUUAGGCGCUAUCUAGGUCAUUUACUUCAAUGGAAAUGCUGGUCUCUACCCUGGUCCUCCGCAGUCUCCCACCAGAUCUACAUCUGCCUGAUGAGUGGGUCGCCCGCACGUUGUCUCAACUGCUGAAAGACGCGCCACGCGCAACUUGCCUCUCUUUCCAAAGCCUCUCACGCACUUGCUGGAUAUUAAUCGAUCAUAACUGACAAGUUUGAGGUUUGAGAUGAUGGCGGCUCCCCAGUUCAGCACGCUGGAUAGCGCUCAAGGAAGUUGGAGAGGACGGAGGCGCGCGGACGCACAAGGAAUUAACUGAAUUGAAUGUGUGGGUUUGUUGGAGACAUCAGGGACGGGUGACCAUGGUUGAUUUUGGGAGCUUAAUUGUAACAACAGGCGCAGGUAACCCGAGCGUGGAUUUUCUGGCGUGAGACAUGGACUUUGCUGAAAUUAUCUUCGCUUUGUACAUCGUCGUGGUCGUGGUUGUCUCUUUGUUGUCAAACUUGUUGGUGCUGGUAUGUUUCGUCCACAGCACCGAAAUACGCCGACAGGUGCCCGGUGUUUUCACCAUGAACUUGUCCUUCUGCAAUAUACUCAUCACCGUUUUGAACAUGCCGGCCACCUUGGUUGGUAUUAUCAGGAACCAGCAGCCUUUUGGAGACUGCAUUUGCCACACGGUGAGCUUUCUGGAGACUUUUCUGACUGCAAACACUAUGCUGAGCAUGGCAGCACUCAGCAUAGACAGGUGGAUAGCGGUGGUCUUCCCGCUCAGUUACGCCACUAAGAUGCGCUACAAGGACGCACUGAUCAUGGUGUGCUACACCUGGCUGCACUCCUUCACUUUCUCCCUGACGGCGCUGCUAUUCUCUUGGGUCGAUUAUAGCGACGUUUACGCGUCCUGCACCUUGCAGUCGAGCGAUGAAGGCAGCGACAGGAUUAAGUUUACAGUCUUUACCAUCGUUUUCCACGCCCUUAGCUUCAUGCUCUCCUUGCUCAUUUUGUGUUUCACCUACUUAAAAGUGUUAAAAGUCGCCAGGUUUCACUGCAAGAGAAUUGACAUAAUUACCAUGCAGACUCUUUUCCUGUUGGUGGACAUUCACCCAAGUGUAAAACAAAGAUGUUUAGCCGAGCAGAAGAGGAGAAAGCAGAGAGCCACUAAGAAGAUCAGCAUCUUCAUCGGCUCAUUUAUCAUCUGCUUUGCUCCUUAUGUAAUUACAAGGUUGGCCGAGCUUCUCCCAUAUGUGGACAUCAACCGCCACUGGGGAAUCAUCAGUAAGUGCCUGACAUACAGCAAGGCUGCAUCUGACCCCUUUGCCUACUCCCUCCUACGUCAGCAGUACAAGAAAGUCCUGGUUACUGUUGUUAACAGGCUGCUCCGCCGUGACCUGUACCCUUCAUCUGGCCAUAACAGCUCCUUAGACACAGAGAACGACUACUGUCUCCAGAGGAUCAGCUAAUGGCAAAUGCAUGGACAUGACAGAUACACAUCCCAGUGUAGGCCAAAAAUAAAGGCUGGCUCUUGAAAGAAGGUGGGCAGAGGAGAUAAAAUGAGGAGAGACGACAAGAUAUUGUUAGGAAGGGAAAAAAAAGUGCAGACAGGGGACAGAUUGUGGGUGGAGGGCAAAGAAUGAGCAAAAAUAAGGAAGGUAGUGGGUGGAGGAGAAUGAAAGGGCAGCAAUGAGGGGGAGGAUGAAUGGGGAAAACAAAGAUGAAUCGGG